UUGUUUAUAACCAGAGAAGAAAGAAUAUUAAAAGGUGUUUUUCUAUUACAUCAGAAUAUGGAAUCAUCAAACUCUGAAGGUUCUUUUAAAAAGGGUAUGAAAUUAACCUUGAUCAAAACUGAAAUAAAAAACAAGUAUGUAGUGGAGGCAUAUGAAAGAUUAAAGGAACACAAAAGUUUGAAGCAGCUUCUUUUCUCAUGUCUUUGUGGAAUGGGAAAGUUUACAUCAUACUUCAUCAACGAAGAAAAUGUUUUCAAAGGAGUAAUGGAUGUGAUGAAAAUUGUUCAAAAAUUACAAAAUGAAAAAGAAAAAUUUCAUGGACAUGUUACAGUGCCAGAACUUGACAGAUUUAUGAAUUCAUACUUUCAAUUUUGGAUUGAAGAGGAAGAUAGAAGCAAACCCAGAGUUAAAAUUGCUAAGUCUACUAUUGUCAAUAAAAAAUCAGAGGGAAAAGAUGCAGAACAGUUUAUGAACUUACAUUCAAAUAAGGGACAGAAUGAAAUGCUUAAAAGAGAACCAUUGUUUCCUGGGGUUUUGUGUAAAAAAUCUGCUGAUAAUAGAAAACCACAUGUAAAACUAAUCCCAGUACUAAGGAAUAGGCCAAAAAAUUCUGCUGUCUCUCGUUGCAGGGAAAAUACAGGUAGCUAUGAUGAAACAUUAGAGAAUGAACAGAUUAAAAUUGCUGGACUUGAUUUGCCAGAACUGCAGUCAAGAAAAAUAAGAAAUAGUUAUGUGUUGGAGACAUUUCGCUUUAAAAAUGGAGAUUCAUCAAAAAUCUAUAACUGCCUUUGUGAAUGGGAAGGCAUAACUCCAGAGGUGGUCCAUUUAGAAAAUUUUGCUGCUGCAGUGAAAAAUACAAUAAGAAAGGCAGACAAAUUGAGAAGAACUAAAAGUAAUCUGUAUGAUUCUUUCUUGAUGGAGUUUUUCAAAUUUCCUCUUGUUGAAAGAAAGAAAGAGAGUAGGAAGAUGGAGGCAAAAGAGAAAGAAAAAACAGAGGAGAAAAAUAAAAGGACAUCAACUGAAACACAAACACAAAUUAAUGAUAAAGUGAAAAAACGAAAGAGGAAAAUAAAUCAUGACACAACUGCCGUGAAGAGACAAAAAAAUAAUAAGGAAGGAACCAUGAAACAGAAGGUGAAAAACUCAAAAAUAAAAAAGGCUGAUGAAAAAAAAUCUGAUAUAAGGAGUGCUCGAAAAUGCAGGACAAAACCAAAGAAUUCUGACCUGGUGAAGAAAAGAAAUUGUGUACAAAAAAGGAAAUGGAAGAGAAUAGAUGUGUUGGAAUUGCAACUGAAAAUGAAAUUACAGCACCAAACAAAACUUCAUCAAAAAAUUAAAAGACAGAAUAAUCUACUUGUUAGACAAAGGAAACAUAUUCGUGUGCUUAAACAGAAACUGGCAGGUGCUUGCUCAGGUGGUAUUUGUAAAGGAGUACAGUGUUCAUUAAUUUCUGCAACUCCACAGACUCUCUUAGUUAGAGUAAUGAAACCAUGAUGGGAGAACAAAGAUUUUGGUUAGUCUUUUUCAAGAAAGAAAGACAUUGACAAAAAUUAAGUAAGAAAGAAUCAGAAUUGUUUAUUAUAUAUACAUUAUAUAUACAUUUAGAUAGAGAAUGUU